AUGCUGGGGACACUGGGGCUUUGGACAUUGUUUCCUGCAACUGUACGAGCACCCCCAAACAGGCGGACCUGUGUGUUCUUUGAGGCUCCUGGAGUGCAGGGAAGCACAAAAACCCUGGGGGAACUGCUAGAUGCAGGACCAGGGCCCCCCAAGGGUAUCCGAUGCCUCUACAGCCACUGCUGCUUUGGAAUCUGGAAUCUGACCCAAGGUCAGGCACAGGUGGAGAUGCAAGGAUGCCGAGACAGUGAUGAGCCAGACUGUGAGUCCCUCAGAUGUGACCCAAGCCCCCGAGCCCACCCCAGCCCCAGCUCCACUCUCUUCAUCUGCUCCUGUGGCACUGAUUUCUGCAAUGCCAAUUAUAGCCAUCUGCCUCCUCCAGGAAACCAGGGGGCCCCUGGCCCCCAGGAUCCCCACACUACCCCAGGUGGGCCCAUCUGGAUGGCAUUGCUGCUGCUGGGGAUGGUCCUCCUGCUGCUGCUGCUGCUGGGCAGCAUCAUCUCCGCCCUGCUACAACGAAAGACCUGUAGAGUGCGAGGUGGGUCAGAACCAGAGCCACAUUCCAGUGGAGGCUUGAGAGAGGAGCUAGCAGAGUUGCAGGAGCUGUGCUUCUCCAAGGUAAUCCAGGAAGGAGGUCACGCAGUGGUGUGGGCUGGAAAGCUGAAAGGAGAGCUGGUAGCCAUCAAGGCCUUUCCCCCAAGGGCUAUGGCCCAGUUCCGAGCUGAACGAGCAGUGUAUGAGCUACCUGGCCUACGACAUGACCACAUUGUGCGCUUUAUCACUGCUGGCCAGGGGGGCCCUGACCCCCUGCUCUCUGGGGCCCUGUUGGUACUGGAACUGUAUCCUAAGGGCUCCCUGUGCCACUACUUGACUCAGUAUACUAGUGACUUGGGAAGUUCCUUGCGGAUGGCACUGUCCCUGGCCCAGGGCCUGGCAUUUCUCCAUGAGGAACGCUGGCAGGAUGGUCAAUAUAAACCAGGCAUUGCCCACCGAGAUCUGAGCAGUCAGAAUGUGCUCAUUCGAGAAGAUAGGUCAUGUGCCAUCGGAGACCUAGGCCUUGCCUUAGUGCUCCCUGGCCACACUCAACCCCCUGCCUCAGCCCUUACUCAACCUCGGGGUCCAGCUGCCAUCAUGGAGGCUGGCACCCAGAGGUACAUGGCACCAGAGCUCUUGGACAAGACUCUAGACCUACAGGACUGGGGUACAGCCCUCCGGAGAGCAGAUGUUUACUCUCUGGCUCUGCUUCUAUGGGAGAUCCUGAGCCGCUGUUCAGAUCUGAGUCCUGACAGCAGACCACCUCCCUUCCAAUUAGCCUAUGAGGCAGAACUGGGCAGCACCCCAAGCACCUGUGAUCUCUGGGCCUUGGCAGUAGAGGAAAGGAGGCGCCCCUACAUCCCAUCCACCUGGAGCUGCGUUGCCACAGAGCCCAGUGGGCUGAGGGAGCUCCUAGAGGACUGCUGGGAUGCAGAUCCAGAGGCACGGCUGAGUGCUGAGUGUGUACAGCUGCGCCUAGCAAACCUAGUCUACCCGCAGGAAGCCUACACCCUCCCAGAGAGCUGUCACUAUGGCUACCCACUUCUCUUUCCAGAAAACUGCCCUUCAACACCUGACUCCACCACUUUCCCUUGCAGGCCUCAGCAGAGUGCCUGCCACCUCAGUGUUUAGCAAGACCCUGGAGCCAGGAAUCCUCAGUCUGCCAGUACCAGUUCUCACAUGUAAAUGAGCCAUUUAUGUGGACUCUUUGUACAUGCCACAUAAAUGGUGAUCAUAUGCCUAUCUGGUCUGCCUGUCACUGCCUUUUCCACUUGCUGAACCCUUGGAUUCUUCUAUGGGCUUCUAAUCCACAGGGUGGUUAUGCACAGGAAAGAAA